GGGAGGGGGUUGCUGUGGGUUAGGUUGCUAUAGAAACUAGCAACCCGGAGGCUGGCAUGUUGCCUGUCACAGAGGAGGAAUAAUGGUUCAAAAGGCCUGGAAAGAGCAGCCACGAGGGAAGACCUUGGAAGACAGAAGCAACAGCAGCCACUGCCUGGAUUUUCUGGGCUGACUGGAGGCACAAGCUGGCAAGAGUUCCUCUCCCCAUUUCUGGGCUCCAUCUCUGGAUCUCCACUCUGUCUUCGAGAAAUCAUCCAUCAGUUUCUUACACAGAGAUGUUUGCAGAUAUGGAGGACAGCAAAGAGACAGAUGGCAGCCUACUGGGUGACCCCAGCCAGACGCCCUUUGAGAAGAUGGAGAACGUGAAAUGGCAGAGGCCACGGCUCACUCGGAAGGCACUGAUGAAAUGUUGCUUGGUAAAGUGGAUCCUCUCCAGCGCUGCCCCCCAGGGAUCAGACAGCAGCGACAGUGAGUUUGAACUUUCGACCAUCCGGCACCAGCCAGAAGGGCUAGACCAGCUCCAGGCACUGACCAAAUUCACCAAGAAAGAGUUGCAGUCCCUCUAUAGAGGCUUCAAGAAUGAAUGUCCGAGUGGCUUGGUGGACGAGGAGACCUUCAAACUCAUCUAUUCUCAGUUCUUCCCCCAAGGAGAUGCCACCAUGUAUGCUCAUUUCCUGUUCAAUGCCUUUGAUGUGGACCGGAAUGGAGCCAUCCGCUUUGAGGAUUUUGUCAUUGGGCUCUCCAUCCUGUUGCGUGGAACAGUGCAUGAGAAGCUCAACUGGGCAUUCAAUCUCUAUGACAUUAACAAAGAUGGCUACAUCACCAAGGAGGAAAUGUUGGCAAUAAUGAAGUCCAUCUAUGACAUGAUGGGCCGCUAUACCUACCCAAUCUUGAGAGAAGAUGCUCCCAUUCAGCACGUGGAAAAAUUCUUCCAGAAAAUGGACAAAAAUCAAGAUGGGGUGGUCACGAUAGAGGAAUUCCUAGAGACUUGUCAAAAGGAUGAGAAUAUCAUGAGUUCCAUGCAGCUGUUUGAGAAUGUCAUUUAGGAGUCUGCAAGCCCCACCAACCUCCUCUCUCCCGGCCCAUGUGAUUUCUCCUGGCCUGCACUUGGAUGGAUUUAUCCAUCUUUCUCAUGAAGCACACACACAUCUUUCUGAGAAAACAAAAACUUUUUUUAUAUUUAAAGGAAAAAACAAACAAAAGAGAAAAAAUGGGGGAAAGAUGCCAUUUGCUUGCAAGACUUGCUGGAGCAGGAGAGAGAAAGACCCAAGGGAGAAAAUUGGCAUGCAGGGGACUCUCUGGCACAAGGAUAGAAAAUGUCACUAAGUCAAGUGUCACUGGUCAGUGUGUGGAAACAAAUCCCUAGCAGCUUAGUGUGGAAGAACCUCCUUUCUGAGAGUGAGCAAAGCUGCCAAUUGGUAAAACUCCAGCCCUUAGACAGCAGAUCACUGUUUAUUUACAUUACAGAGUGCAGUCAUUUCAAUGGGGCUUGCACAGGAAAACUGCUAGAGAGGUUGCACCCUAGGUGUCGGGCCUGUCAGCCACGUUGAGCACCACUCCUUCUGGCUGGGAGCUGAUGUUCUAGUUUAUACAACAAAGCAAACCUAGACAUUAAAUUCUUUUAAUCCCCACCCCCCAGUCUUCAUCUAAAAUGUGAAAAACAGGAGGAAGAUAAACUGGCUUGUCUAAAGUUGUCCGUGUGUCACAAGGCCAUGCCACACAAACAGUGCUGCUGAUCGCAUCACCCCCGUAGGCACAGCUAAUAUGACUGGCUCUGUCUGCAGCAGCAAAGGCCACUGGGAAAGUGAGUACCUACAAUGCAAAUGCUGCCAGGUGUGCACAAACAUUUCAGAAUGCAAAAGAAGUCUAUUGAAACUGCAGGUGUGCAGAGCCACAAGCAAGUCAGCUACAGAUUUUGAAUUCUUCUGUCAUUCUCAUGGAAAGCAGGACAUUCUCAAAGUACUUGGGCAUGUCUAUGGGACAGGCAGGCCUAGAUGCCCCUGUGCAGGGGGUCUGAAGCUUUAUACUCUCAGGGGACCUUUUCCACAUUAGGCUUGCCUGCCCAACAACCCCUGAGCACUUACAAAGGUUCUGGGUGUGUUCUCAGGCACAGACUCAAUCAUGCAAGGGUGAGAGAGCUCUGUUGCCCUGAAUGAACAAAUUGUGCCCCCUUAUUUCAUCCCAAAAUGCUCUGCAGUGCCCAAACCAGGGGAAGAUCAAGUCAUGGUAAACAAGCUGCUUUUUGGGGGAAAUCUUGUUCACUAUGAUGAAUCUACUUAUCAGAGGAAUGAGUUCCAAAGAACUCCAGGCUCCAUAAAAAUACUGAAAAGUGAGGACCACCAGAUUCUCUCCAAUCAGUUCUUCUAGCAGUCCCUGGUUUCCACUGCACCUUGCUUCCCAUUCUUAUCUGCCAGUUUAUCAUAGAUUCCUUUCAGAAUUGGUGCAUGUUUCAUUUGCUGCUGUUUUCAAUUGCUUCUAAUUUCCUUCCUGCAUAGAUGCACAAAAGGAACCUUGUCAUGAUCACAUGAGGAUUACUUUGUGCCCUGUGAUUUAACCCAUGUGUAUAUGUGUCAGUGGCAUGUUGGUAACUCAAAAAAAAAAGGAAACUUAUGGUAGGUAAGAGGCACAUAUGAAGGUUAGAAAGCAGUUUGGACGCACCCACCCCCCAUGGAAGAAUGGUGGAUUGUUAGAGCGAGUUUGCUGUAGUGGUUAAGUGCACAGACUCUUAUCUAGGAGAACAGGGUUUGAUUCCCCACUCCUCCACAUGCACCUGCUGAUGUGACCUUGACCCAGUCACAGUUUCUCACAGAGCUGAUCUGCUCAACAGCAGUUCUGGGAGAGCUUUCUCAGCUCCACCUACCUCACAGGGUGACUGUUGUGGGGAAGGGAAGGGAAAGAAGAUUGUAAGAUGCUCUGAUGCACCUUUAGGUAGUGAAGGGCAAGAUAUAAAUCCAGUCUCUUUUUCUCUUAAUACAUCAGUGCCGCUCUAAAAAUUAAUGCUGGAACCAGCAAUCCAGAAAUUCUGAUGGGAUUUCCUAAGCAUGCAUAUGAAAAUGACUGUCCUCUGCCAUCCACCUUAAAUCUGAUUGGACUUGCCACUUUAUCAGUGCCAUCCUAAAGUAGAAUUACAUCCUUUAAAGCCAUUACAGUCAAUGGGCUCAGAAGGGCAUGACUCUGCGUUCAGUUGCACUGAAAAGCACUCGUGUCUGUUACAGCAUAGCCCAGGUUUCAAAUUUCUUGUUCUCUUGAGAUCCAAAACAGUGGCCAACAGUCUCUCCCCAUCUCUUUCUCCCUCUCUGCUCCGGCUGCCCCAGGACAGACAAUGUCUCCUGUUGUCUACCAGGCUAUGAAGUGUGGUUUUCUUGUCCUCUCCAGCUCACUCCCCCCAGUCCCUCUCAGGAUGUUGUGAGUUUGCACCUGAUGCUUCCUGACGUAUGUGCAGUAUAAGGAAUGGCCGCAUGCCUCACUAGCCUUUUUACUCCAGCAUCUCCCUGAACCUCCUUUCACAGCACAACCUGGGGAGACAGUUGCCAGUUCCUGAUCUCUGUAACUACUUGAUAUUACUUCAGUCACUGUAUAUUUUAAUAAAAUAAGCUUGAAAAAGACAA